CACAGUUUAUGUAUUGAUCGAUAACAUAACAGUUACUAGAAGACAGUCUGGCAGCGCCUUCAAAUUGUUUAUUGUUUGGUUUCUAGCGCGAAUUCUCGAAAUUAUUUAAAUAUACUUUGCUACGGCCUAUUAAUGGAUCAAAAUGUCAAGAAUAUCAACCUCAAGCUCGACAAUGUUGAGGUUCUAACCACCGGAACAGCGGCGGAGUUUGUGAACGGCAUCCUGGACUUCCUGCUCUACCAACGCCGCCAAAUUCCCUUCGUGUACAAAACAUACAAAUAUUAUGUGGAUAAAUGGUCGGAUGCAGACGAGAUGAGAGAAUCGACGGAGUCAUUUGCCCACUAUCAGCUUAACCAGCAGCGCUCUAAGGCAACGGCCACCAAAAAUUCCAUUAGUGACAUGAGAGAGCUCAUUCGACAAGCCUUCAGGACCUCAGAAGUGAAGAGCCUACGAUUUCUGUUCGGCAACAAUACGUUUUUGCCCUCGGAGGCUUAUACUCUGCAUAUACCACACGAUUCCAUUUCCAGGGACCACUAUUGCGAGCACCAUGCUCUGCCGGAAGGUCAAAUAAACCAGGCCCUGCUCCGGCUACUCACCUGCGACGAGCUAUACACCCUCUUCUCCACGGAACUGAACGCCACCAGCGUGUUUUUGGAAAUGGAACUUCUUACAGCAAAUGAAAAUUCUCAUGGAUCCCAGGGAGACUCGUCCAAUCUGAUUCCCAAAGACGUUUUAAGUCAACUACCGCGCAGUUGCAAGAACAUACACCUCCAUCUUCUGCAUUGCAGCGAGAAUCCAUCCACGAAAAUGCACUGCUGCAAGGAGAUGGCCAUUUACGAGGACCUUGGCCUGCUGGAUCUGGAUAAAACUGAAGAAGAUGCCAACAGGGCUAACGACUGUUUAAAAACCUCCAAAGAAACCAGCGGCUGGUGGCAGGCGAAGGUCAUAGUUCGCGGCUUCAGGGCUCCAGCCAACCAGAAGUCCGGAGAAUUGUGGUCCAGUUGAAAUGGCUGUUGAUAGCCACAAAGUCUGUCAUGGUCGUGCAAGUGCCCAGAA